AUGUCCUCCAGCAACAGAGUCCCAGGCUGGUGCAUUGUUCAGUACCCCUCCCAGGGACUCCAAGAAGGCUGGAGACUCUGCUGUUUGGCCUCUUGUUCAAAUGGGGUGAACUCCAACACAUGGCAGCUGAGCUACAUGGCUACAAGCCCACACCAGCCCACCGCCGCUCGCCAGAGAAGUGCAAAGUCCAUCCUCUGUGAAGGAGCUGAGUUCCAAAGCCCAAGCUGUGCGGAGAGGAGAAUUGUGAAUGGUUUAUUUUUCCAGUUCCAGUUUGUGGUAGCUCCCCCCCCUUCUGUAAACGUUACCACUAUUGCACCAACCCCAUGCGAUCUCUAUAUCAAAUUAACUGAUUCUUGGCGCAACUUUGCAUACACCUUGGGGAGUCACUCAAACUACGACAGUGCUUUAGUGAACCAGUGGAUACGUUUUACGGGAAUUGGAGGCGACCGAAUCGUUAAUACUUGUCAUUGUACAAGUUGUGGUGGUACUGUCUAUACCGUUCAUGUGCCUUUCACAUAUCCCAACGCCAGCCACACUACAGCGACGGGGACUGCCCAUGUGUACUAUUCGACAUGUCAAUAUUUUUCGCUUGCAAUGGAAGUGAUGUAUUGCCCUGAUGGAUUCUUCAUUUACAAGUCUGCGGCGCUACCGGUUGGAAGUUCAGGCUUUGUAACAUAUCAUCACGUAUGCACAGCAAGUUCGUGUGGGCCUCUAGCUGAAUGCACCGAAGCAGGAGGCUGUGUUUGUAUCCCCGGUUACAGACUAGAUUCAAAGACUGAACCUACGCCGGAUUCUUAUGGUUGUUUAGAGAUUGAUGAGUGCACUGAGACGCCAACAAUAUGUGGCUCCAACUCAGAGUGUGUGAAUGAACCAGGGUCGUAUUACUGUCUCUGUCUGACGGGAUAUCAACCGACGAACACUUCACUGGAACCUAGUGGAUCCAACCCAUGUAUAGAUAUUAAUGAAUGUUUGGAACCAGUUUGUGGAGCAUAUGGUGACUGUUCCAACACUGUAGGAAGCUUUAUAUGCACGUGCCACCUCGGCUUUGAACUUAUUAGGAAAGGAAAGCCGCCAUGUCAAGACAUUGACGAGUGUUUGGAAGAAGGUUUAUGUGGUCCAAACUCCAUUUGCACUAAUACACUCGGAGGCUAUAACUGUUCUUGUGAAAUCGGCUACAUACCGACAAACGAAGCCAAGGCGCCGAGUCAGACCAACAUCUGCAUAGAUCUGGAUGAGUGCGAGAGAUUAUCCACAGUGGUGGAUCCCAUCAAAAAAUAUGUGGAAACUGUCUGUGGGCCCAGCUGCAACUGCACCAACACCAUUGGCUCCUACUACUGCACCUGCUUCAGUGGGUACCGCCUCGGGAACCAAAACAAAAUAGCCAGCCGCAGCAAUCCCUGCCUGGAUAUUGAUGAGUGCGUGGAAACACCUGGUAUCUGUGGUCCUGAAACAAUUUGCACAAAUUACCCAGGCACAUUCUAUUGUUCCUGCCCAGAGGGGUACUACCCUAACACGGGCUUGUACUGGACAGUAGGGAUCACCUUCUGUGAAAAUGUUCAACUCAUGCUAACUCAGUUGCAACCCCCAAAGGGAAAGACUAAAGAGGGGGUCUUUUUUGAUAAAAUUGACCAACAACUAAAUAAUCUCACCGAAAUACCAACACCGACCAUUGCGAACAGUUUUUCAGCAAGUAUGGAAGUGGCUGGGGUCGGGCCACGUGCCAGGUCUAGCCGGGUGAGCAGCUCCGGAAACGGUGAAGUGGGUAGCGUCAUUCUAGAACUUUGCGAUCGCUUGGUGGCCACAAUAGUGCCGGACAAUUACAACCAGACCAAUCUAAACGUCAAGAAUUCAGCAGUAGAUUUAAGUCUCGAAUCCUAUGGGUACUCGGGGAACAACAUGAAAAUGCCGCCGCUCGGAGCCAAUGGGAACAGCAUGGAGAUCAAUAUGGAGGAACUUGCUGAAAAUAAUAAUGGUUCUGCAGCGGCUGCCUUCUUAACUCUGAAUGGCAUGGAGAGCCUGCUCAGUCACCAGUAUCUGAAAACAGAGAACCGGACCGAAAUGAUCUCAGAUGUGAUCACCGCGAUACUGCCCAAAAUGAACAACACUAACAUCACAGAUCCUGUCAACUUCACCAUCCAACACAAGAAGUCGAUGUAUGAAGCCGGCAUGAUAACUUGUGUGUACUGGAAAACGGAGAAGGACGAAUAUGGGCUGGUCACCUUCAUGGGCUGGUCGACGGAGGGCUGCACUAUGACCUUCUCCAAUGAGAACUACACCACGUGCAGCUGUUCUCACCUCUCCACGUUCGCCUUGAUUCUACAGAUAGCAGAUCCACCUCCUCAAAACGACUUCCUGGACUGGCUCAACAGGAUCUGUGUCAUUAUCGGUCUUUUCUUCUUCGCUCUGGCUGUUCUGACCUUCCUCUUGUGCAGUUGGAACCCCAAAAUCAACAACACUGCUCGCCUCCACCUGUGUCUCAAUUUAGGCUUAUCCCAUCUAUUGAUGCUGUGGAACGACCGCUAUCUAGAUGACGAGCUGGCCUGCACAGUCAUGGCUGGCCUCCUCCACUUCCUUAUAGUAGCCAGUUUUGUGUGGAUGCUGUUGGAGGCGACACAGCUCUUCAUGCUAGUACGCAAGCUAACCAAGGUACAAGUCAUCAAGAGAGACGGCCUCCCCAAACCUGUGUUGUACAUCGUGGGUUAUGGGGUGCCAUUGAUCGUAGUGGGUGUUUCUGCUCUGGUGUAUUCUGAUGGCUAUGGGGCCACGGGAGAUGCGUGCUGGUUGUCAACAACCAGGAAUUUCAACUGGGCUUUGACAGGACCUGUGGUUGCUAUACUUGCGUUUAACUGCACAUUGUUUGGUGCUACAUUGUGGAGCCUGAGAACCACCUUGGCCAACAUGAAGAGUGGAGCCUCGGAUUCCAAAGAUGCACGGUUAGUGUUGUUCAAGAUCGUGGCCCAGUUUGUCAUUCUGGGCUGUACCUGGAUCCUGGGUCUGUACCAGUCAAACCUUUUCUUCCAAGUUCUCUUCAUAAUCCUGAACUCACAACAGGGGACUUUCCUGUUCAUAGUUCAUUGUGUGCUCAACAAAGAGAUUCGAGAAGAGUACAUCAAAUGGCUGAACUGCUCAUUCAAGAACAAGGAGGUGGACGAUGAGGUGAAAGAUGUGCCGUCUGUGUCUGAAGAUAUGGACAAGACCAAAUAAGAAGCAGAUGAACUAUAAAAUAAAUGAAAUAAACCCUGUAAACCCCAAUAUGAUUAGAUAUAAAUACAUAAAUCUCUGUAGUGUCACUCAACGCUGUAAAGCCAUUUCUGUUUUGUAGUCUCACCAUAGUCCUAUGUGUACAUUUGUUUAUAUGUUGUACAUUGCUAAAGCAUUAUAU